GGGGACUGACAUUUCCACAGCCGCCACGGAGCAGCCUGCCUCCGUCUGAACGCACGCGCGCGCAUACGCGCGCACGGCUGCCGCGGACACGCGAUUAGUAUUGGCCGCGGAGCUUUGGGGGUGUGUCGGUCACUACUGUCGCUCAGCUGUCUGCCCUUCUGUCAUCGCCCCUCGGCGUGUGCGUGCGUGAAGGGGAGAGAGACGCUGCGAUCGAGAGAGAGAGAGAGAGAGAGAAGUUUCCUCCGCUCGUGGCGCACAGUCUCCGAUCGCUCGCUGUACACGAUGGCACGUCCGUAUCCGCGCGCGGCGCCGUUGCUUUGCGUUGGGAGCCCCGCAGCUUUCGGUGGAGCCGACGAAUAAAAGUGACACCAUGGCUGAUUUCGGGGAGAGGAAGAGCGCCGCCGCUCCACCGGUUGCUGGCCGAAAGGCUGCGGCGGCGGCGGCGGCGGCCGGAGCGAGCCUGGAGACGCACCGGGAGGAACCCGUGUCAAACGGCGGCUGCAGCGCGCCCGACGCCGCCGCGACGAGGCUGCACGACCCGUCCAGCUGCGAGUCGCCGACGUGGGAGAGCGCAGGCUCGGAAUCGGCGACGAAGCCGAUCCCUCGACGCAGCAGUCUGAUCAAGGACGGGUCGCGUGCAGGUCGGGACAGGAAGAAGACGGUGUCCUUCAGCAGCAGCCUGUCAGAGAAGAAGAUCAGCAGCGCCGCCGACUGCAUCCACUCCAUGGUGGAGGGCUGUGAACUGAAGAAGAUCCGUCCCAACUCGCGCGUCUACCAGCGCUACUACCUGCUGGACGCCGGCCUCCAGGCUCUGUUCUGGGAGCCGUCGAAGAAAGAGUCGGACAAAGCCCGGAUCUUCCUCGCCUCCAUACGAGAGGUACGGACCGGCCGUAACACAGAAACCUUCCGCACCAGCGGCGUUUAUGAGCAGAUAUCAGAAGACUGUGCGUUCUCCAUCAUUUAUGGAGAGCUGUAUGAAAGCCUGGACCUGGUGGCCAACUCUGCAGAAGUGGCCAACAUCUGGGUGACUGGUCUAAGGUAUCUGAUGCAGUACAAGAAGCAUGCCCUCGACAUGCUGGCCAGCAGUCAGGACAGCCUCCGCCUUGGCUGGCUGGAGCAGCUGUUCUCCUCCGCGGCUGAUCCCAACGGGCAGGAGGGCGUCGACGGAGGGAUCCGCUUGCAGUCGGCCGUUAAGCUCAUACAGAGCGUGAACCCCGGCGUGAGCAGCGGCAAGGUGGAGCAGAGGUUUAAGGAGCUUCAGAGACUCAGGGAGAGGAUGUGUGGAUCAACGCUGGACAAUGGGUCCGGAGUUCAAGACCUGAGCGAACCCAAAAAGCCAACAGGAAGGAGCGAACGAGUCACCAAGCAGGAAUUCAACAAGGUCUUCCACGACUUCUGCACACGUCCGGAAAUCUACUUUCUGUUGGUGCAGUUCUCCAGCAACAAGGAGUUCCUGGACACCCAGGACCUGAUGAGGUUCCUGGAGGCGGAGCAGGGCAUGGCCCAAGUGAGCGAGGAGACCAGCCUGAAGCUCAUCCGGUCCCACGAGCCCACGGAGGAGGGCCGACAGCGGGGCUACCUGUCCCUGGACGGCUUCACCAGCUACCUCACUUCGCCCGAGUGCCACCUCUUUGACAGCGAGCACGACGCCGUGUGCCAGGACAUGUCCCAGCCUUUGUCCCACUACUACAUCAACUCCUCCCACAACACCUACCUCAUAGAGGACCAGUUCAAAGGGCCCUCCGACAUCUCCGGCUACAUCCGCGCUCUCAAGAUGGGCUGUCGAUGCGUAGAGGUAGACGUGUGGGAUGGCCCUGAUGAGGAGCCGGUGGUGUGUACUGGACGCACACUCUCCCCACCGCUGUCCCUACGCUGUGUGUUAGAAGCUAUUGGAAAGUUUGCAUUUGUGGCGUCGGACUAUCCAUUAAUUAUUUGUAUUGAAAACCACAGCUCGCUUUUGCAACAGAGAGUAAUGUGGCAACAUCUCACGAAAAUACUAGGGGACAUGUUGUACACAGAUCCCCCAGACGAAGGAGACUUGUACCUGCCGUCGCCUCAUGCCCUGCGGCAUCGAAUCUUAAUUAAGGGUAAGAAGUUCUCCAACGGAGAAGACGGGGAGGUCAGCGAGGAGGACGAAGGAGCAGAGAUGUGCCAGAAGAUGAAAGCGGCCAACAACGCCGGGAGCGAGAAGGACAUCCUGCAAAAAGGCAACGUCAGUCCGUCGAAUCCUUCUCAUCUGGCUCCCAAACAGUUCCAGCUCCUGAAGGAGCUGUCGGGCCUGGUGACGCUCUGCCGCUCGGUCCGCUUUACAGACUUUAAAACGUCAUCUAAAAGCCAAAGGCCUUGGGAGCUGUGUUCCUUUCACGAGACCCUGGCCCUGCGUCUUGCCGGCGACAGCCCCCGCGACUUUGUCAACCACAACAAGCGUUUCCUGUCGCGGGUGUACCCCAAGCCGAUGCGCAUCGACUCCAGCAACAUGAACCCUCAGGACCUGUGGAAGUGCGGUUGCCAGAUCGUGUCGAUGAAUUUUCAAACGGCGGGGCUGAUGAUGGACCUGAACACAGCCUGGUUCCGGCAGAACGGGGGCUGUGGUUACGUCCUGCGGCCAGACAUCAUGCGGCAGGAAGUGUCCUAUUUCAGCGCCGAUACCAGGGACACGGUGCCUGGGGUGUCCCCGCAGCUGCUUCAUGUCAAGGUAAUUAGUGGCCAGAACCUGCCAAAACCAAGGGGUUCUGGGGCCAAAGGGGAUGUGGUGGACCCUUAUGUGUAUGUGGAGAUCCAUGGCAUUCCAGCGGACUGCACAGAACGCCGCACCAGGACGGUGACCCAGAACGGGGACAAUCCCAUCUUUGAUGAGAGCUUCGAGUUCCAGAUCAACCUGCCAGAGCUCGCCAUGGUUCGCUUUGUGGUGCUGGACGACGACUUCAUUGGUGACGAGUUCAUAGGCCAGUACACGAUCCCCGUCGAGUGCCUCCAGUCGGGCUACCGACACGUGCCGCUGCAGUGCCUGACGGGGGAGGAGCUUCCACACGCCAAGCUGUUCGUCCACGUGGCCCUCACCAAUCGCAGGGGAGGGGGGAAGCCUCACAAGAGGGGCCUGUCCGUGCGCAAGGCCCGGAAGGGCCGCGACUACACGGCCCUGCGGGACCUGGGCAUCCGGGCUGUGGACGAGGUUUUCAAGAUGGCCGCCCCUCUGCUGAGAGAAGCUACUGACCUGAGGGAAAACAUGCAGAACUCGGUGGAGGUGUUCAGGGAGCUUUGUGGGGUCUCGGCCGUGGCCAACCUCAUGCAGUGCGUGCUGGCCCUGAGCUCCGCGGUGUCGGGUCCAGAGGGGAUGCCUUUGCUGCUGUUUGACCUGCGGGACGACUACCCCACCCUGGAGCCGCAGGGGCCGCUGCCCGACGUCCUCCGCAGGGUCGUCUCCACGUAUGAACUGAUGGUCCAGGCCAGCAGAGCGGUGAUGGAGCUCUCUGAUGGAAUCUACGACAAGAUCCUGCACAUUCAGACAACGGCCAUGGAGUUUCAUGAGAAGCUACAGAACCUGGCGGCAAAGGAGGGGCUGAAGGGUCGCAAGGUCACCAGAGCGCUGGAGAGUUUCAGCUGGAACAUCACCAUCCUCAAGGGCCAGACCGACCUGCUGACACACGCCAAGGCUGAAGUCCAGGACAACAUGAAGCAGGUCCACGAUGCUGCCCUGACCGGAAACCUCACCAAGGAGAGCCUAGGCGUGAGGAGAGUUCGCUCCCAAACGCGACGAGGUCAGGAUGAGAAGCCCAUCCUGAGUGCAAGCGGACCCUCGGCGUAGAAAGCGCGUGACCAAAUCAACACUGCAGCUGCUGUGACAAACGCUCCUUAGAGGUGCAUCCAACCCUUUAGUCCGCCCCAGCGGGACCCCCUCGUGAUACUGUACAACGGAAAGCAGUGUUUCUAAGAAGGAACUAUGGAGUCGAUGAAUGUAAAUCUUUAGCCACCGGCCACCAAUCUGUCGAAAGAGCUGCAGACGUACUGUAUUAAUGUACUGUAUUAAAAUGUAAAUACAUCAGAAGAGUAUUAACCGCUCCGUGUGUGCAACGCUCCCGGAGUUCGGCACGUGUCCCGCAGAGGGAGGACUAAUCGAUUUCUAUCGCAGUCUGAUGACGAGAUCUUGAGCCAUGACAUGCUAACAGUCGUUGCCAUUCAGCGGUAGCAGCUUGUGCGUCAAUAAGCUGUUAUCCAGCAAUAUCAAGUUUGAGCCCAUAGUGUAUGUCACUGUACACGUCGUCCAUUUCCAUGUGUAGUUCCUGUGUCUUUCCACAACCCUCCAUUCUGCCUUUUAAAUAUUGUUACUUACAGCAGUCUAUAUUUUUCUAUUUUCCUGAAGCUAAUGAAACCACUGUUACGUGCCAUAGUGAUCAAACUGCCCCACAGCUGUGCGUGCAUCUGCCUCUAGGGAACAAGAACCGUUUUGCUGAAUGUGCUUGAUUUGGGUGCAAACGCUACACAGCAUUUUACCAUCAGCCAUCAUUUAGCUGUAAAGAAUAUUUUACAUCCAUCAUCUGUCCUGGAUGAAAACAUUUCAGACAAAUAUCAGUGCAGUAGAUGCAGCUUGACUCGGUUUUGCUGUUAAAGAUUCCCACUCCUCCAUAUGGAAUAAACUAGUUUUAAAUGACUGAUGCUUAUGUUUCUGUUAUUCCUCCAGACGUAAGCAUGGCAUAAAUUCAGGGAUAUCGAAUUUGCUUUAGCCUGGAUCAAACCCACAUCUGCAAAAUGAUGAGCAUGGUACCAGGUCUGGCCCACAGCAGUGAAGCGGUCCAGAGCAUGGCAUUAAAUGUCAACAUGAGCCUGUUAGAAGCCUGACUGUUUAUUAUCAUGGUCCCCAGAAGAUGUAUCCCAUUUGUCUGAUAGAGCUACAGUGUGUUAUAUAACCCUUGCCAGGACCAAUGCAGUCGACUUCAACAGCUUAGCAAUAAAUUCUCCUUUAUGAAGGUAAUAUGUUUUUCAUUGAUUUAACUUUAUGGCUCUUUUGGAAGAUGCACAUUAGUUUACAGCGUUAUGCAUUUUUAAGAUGUGAUUUUAUCUUUCUGUUUGACCCACUUAAUGUAACAGUUUUAUACUUACACUCCAAAUUUGACCUGCAAAAAAAAAAAAAGAAUCAGGGUUCACAUCAGUGCCACAAAGGCAAAAACAUUUUUCCAGACAAAGAAACAUUUAGAUGCAGCAAGAGCUCUGUAGUUUUAUUUGUCUAGAGUUAAUUACGCUGAAUGAGCAGACAUUCGUUCCGUGCGCGCUAGUUUACACUGUUUCCAUGGGAAGAGAACAGAAGAACUACACAGUAAUGUGACAAAUUAAAACGUGUCAAUUCACCACAUUAAAAUGUCCACAUUGGAAUCAGGUUUUAAAAUGUAAGGGAAAAAAACAGACUUACUCCAUAAUUUAAUCCUUUUAUCCAGCAAACUAUAAAUCUAAGGAUUAAAAGUGUUUUUAUUAAAAAAAAAAAAAAAAAAGCUAACAAAAACAAUAA